AUCUGCUGAUUGGACACCAUCUCCCCACUACCCCGAUUGGCCCGUUGCGGAGGACUCCUCUGUCGGUUACUGGAAAGGAUGCUUUGCUUCUUUUUUUUUAGGACCGCGCGCCCAUCACAAUAUACUGCGCGCCAAAAACAAUAGUACACUAAGCGCGUGCGUACAAUAGCACACUGCUGGCCCUUUGCGCGCAAUAAUAGUCGUCAAAGUCAAGAGUGAAAUCUUGUUAUAUUUUAAUGCUAGCCUGUUAUCGCAAACGAGGCCAAUAGUACACUGCCUGCACACAACUACACACUGCGCGCUGGCAAAAGCACACUGACAGUCGGGAGUAUAGCCUCGAAAUGCAGAGACGCGCCAUGGCCAGAGCCAAGCAAACCGCUCGCAAAUCCACCGGUGGCAAAGCCCCCAGGAAGCAGCUCGCCACUAAGGCUGCUCGCAAGAGCGCCCCGGCCACCGGCGGUGUGAAGAAGCCUCACCGUUACAGGCCCGGCACCGUGGCUCUGAGAGAGAUCCGUCGUUACCAGAAGUCCACUGAACUGUUCAUCCGCAAGCUGCCCUUACAGCGCCUGGUGAGAGAAAUCGCCCAGGACUUCAAGACCGACCUGCGCUUCCAGAGCUCCGCCGUGAUGGCCCUGCAGGAGGCUAGCGAGGCUUACCUGGUCGGCCUGUUCGAGGACACCAACCUGUGCGCCAUCCACGCCAAGCGGGUGACCAUCAUGCCCAAGGACAUCCAUCUGGCCCGCCGAAUUCGCGGAGAGCGCGCAUAA